GAUGAGACAGUAUUAAAAAUGAAUAAAAGAAUAGGCUUGGAUUUCAAAUGUAAUUGUCCAUCUCUGUUUUUGAGAUUUUCUCUUGUGGUUGUGAACUUUGCUUCUAGUUUGAAUGUACUACACGCUUGGUAAACAACAAAGCUUUCCGUGGAACAAACAACAAACAUGUCUGCUGGUUUGUGAUGCGAGACAUAAACAGCAGGAUCCGAGCAGGAGGUGCGUGAAGGCACAUCACUCCUGUCGUCACAGGAAAUUCAGUUUGUGAGUGAGGCAGACCCACAGACAGGGAGAGAGAAGCAGAAACUAACCAGCCCCCAGCUGUACAAAGGCGGUGCUGCUCUGAAUUUACGUCAGCUCACACCUGCACACUGAACUCCAGAGGAACAAGUAAGAGGAGGACUUCAGAACUUCAAACUGUACAGGAGGACUUGAGGGAGAGUGUAGAGAGCGCACAAACACACACACAGAGGAAUACAGCGUCUACCCACUGAGGAUAAAGGACAGGACAGCUGAAGAAACACAGCAUCACACCCAGAAUAACUGAAAGGGUACAAUGAUCCUGCAGAGCCAGAGUUAGUGUGUUGGGAGUUUGUGAUCAGCAGCCAGUGGAAUCCAGUGUGAGAUGGGAAGUCAUCCCACUAAAACAAGGCGCAGCUCUUCCUUGCAGUCCAGCUCAACCAAUCAGCAGACAGCCUCCACUCCACAGCAGAACAGCAUGACCCUGCCCUGCAACACAGCUCUUAAGAAGUAUGUGGCAGUGUCUCUUUACACCUACCCUUCUGGAGGGCCGGCAGAGGCUACUGUUCGAGUAGGAGAGAGGCUCAAUGUACUUUCAGAGGAAGGCGACUGGUGGAAAGUGUCCUCUUCAGCAACAGGCAAAGAAGGGUACAUACCGAGCAACUAUGCAGCCAAAGUAUAUCAGAGGUGGCUCUAUGAAGGAAUCAGCCGUGACAAGGCAGAGGAGCUGCUGCUCCUACCUUACAACCGUGCCGGGUCUUUUCUGAUCCGGGAGAGCCAGACUCGCAGAGAUUCGUAUUCAUUGUCGGUGAGGAGGUCUAACAGUGGCACGUGGGAGUCCAUCAAACACUAUCGUAUCAACCGACUGGGGAACGGCUGGUUCUACAUCUCCGCACGCCUCACCUUCCCCUCCCUUCAGCACAUGGUCGACUUUUACACAGACUCAGGAGAGGGUCUGUGCUGCACUCUGAACGAACCAUGCUACAUCCAGGGCUCCAAUAACGUCCCAGUUCAGAACAUGCCAGAACCCACCAUGGUGAGGAAGCCCACCCUCAACUGGAAGGAUGUAGACAGCUCCAUGUUGUUCGGUACGAAGAAAGAAGACACAGAGGAGUCUCUGGUGAGCGAAGGUCUGCGUGAAGCCAUUAACUCUUACCUGUACAUGACGGAGGAGAGGGGCUCUGAUCAGGGGGGCUGCAGCAAGAGCUGGAAGACAUGCUGAGCAAUGACACAGUGCAAAAAAAGGAACAUAAUUAGUGAUUAUCAUUUUUUGCAUAGCUCACACUGCGCCCGGUGACCAAAUUUAGAAACUGUGGUUCCUUAGAUGAAGGAACUUUCAAGAUGAAUGUCCUGCUCACCCUGGAUCUCCAAGACCAACAGAGUAGAGUGAAGCUUUGAACGAGAAGAUUAUUGACUGCAGAAAAACUAGGUGCUGUUAGUUCUCAUUGCUAGCACUAUUACUGUCCAGCAAGCCAAAAGACUCUUUAAGAUACUCGACAAGCGCUCUGGGAUCCUCCCCCCUCUCCUCUAUAAUGAGGACUGGUCUAGGGGGUCUUUGACAUUCACAAGACAGGAGAGAGCUCCACUGUAGGGACACCCACGUACGUCUUCAUGUUUUCUUUGGACAGUCGGCUUAUGGUUCAGGUUUUCCCAGAACAAGUCUGUUUCAUGUAAUCGAUCUGUAAAGUGAUUACAUGUUUGUUAAACAUAAUAUCAUAAUGUGAUCCAGGAAGUGUGCAGCCCUUUGGGUCAGUCCUUUCAAAGUUAAAAUAAAAAAUUGUAAUAAGUGGCUUUUAUCUGUUUAACAAAAAGUGACAUUAAAAAGAAGUCAUAUAAGGCACACUAUCCUCUUAGCUGUAGAUGGGAUGUUUUUGUAGAUUGGAUUGAGUUUCUCGCUCUGGCACAAUCAGCUCAUUUGUUGAGCCCUGCUUGGCCGUUUGCUUCUUUAGAGAUUGUUUCAGCCACAGGAAGCAGGUCGAUACUCACAGGAAAUAGCCGAGAUACCAUGUAUUGCUAAGUGGAAAUAUCUGAUGUCAUUGCAAGCCUUCAGGCCUUGGCGUGACCACUGAACCCUUGGUGUGGGCAACUGAACAAAUGAAGCAAGCUGCCAGAGUAGGCAAAGUUUGGACCGUUUUUUAAGCACAACUUUAGGGGUUGCAAAUAAAGCCUUUUUGGUAUUUUUCCAGGAUGAAUGGGGAUGAGAAGUUAAAAUUAGCAGACAAAUAAAAUGCACACUAAUUAAAUGGCACCACAGUGUUUAGCAAUGAUUCGUAAAGGCUUAGUUACAGCGUGAUUCAACCGCAUGUAAUCAACCGCAUGUAAUUCCUAUUUGGUAAUUCUUAACUCUGUCACUUGUCAAAACAUUUCUGGACUAGACUAACAAGUUUUACUUGUGAAUCUGUUUUAAAGUAACGUGAAAGUGAAAUGACAGAAGGGGGUUAUGUUCUGUACUGUUAUUUAAAACCACAGCAGUGUGUUUGUUACAGGAAAUAAUUCAAUGUUUUUAAUGUGUUGUUGUUUUUUUUUUAUCAUGACUGUUUUAUUUUUAUCAAGUGGGACAGAUACAUUUGAAAAUUGUGACCCUUUCAUUGAAUUUUGCUGGGGUGAGGUGUAAACUUGAGGUUAUCUUGUGUACAUAUUAA